AAAAGCGUUUUGAAUGAAGAUGUGUAGAGGCAACGCAAUGAUAUUUGUCGGGGUGUUAUUUAGUCUUUUUUUAAUUCUCAUGCCAAGAACGUGGAACUGCGUUGCUUCCAGAAACAGUAAAACACUAAAAAGUAGUCUGAAUAUCAGAAUAAAUAAAAAUCUAACUAGCAUCUUAAUCGAGGCGGGUUCUAACAACCGCAAAAAUGUCGAUCAGGUUUCAUCGUCAGUAAAUAAAUCUACUGCUGCAAAGACCACGGCUACAAUUGCACCGAAAACUACCCGUGUACCGAAAACUACGACAACAGCAAGUUUCCACACUGAAGACUUGAAUGAGAGUAUCGAUAAGAAUGUUGAGAGAAGAGUCUGGAACAAACACGUUAAAAAUGAACCCCUGGAACUAGAGUGUCCUCCUCUGGGUCUGGAGUCCCUGCGUGUUAAAGAUAGAGACCUGCGGGCCUCCUCCUAUAAGAGGCGAGGACUUGGCCCGCACAGGGGCCGCCUAAACAUCCAGUCUGGCAUUGAAGAUGGUGACAUCUAUGAUGGGGCAUGGUGUGCCCAGUAUAAGGACCAGAACCAGUGGCUGGAGCUGGAUGCCCACCGCCUCACCCUCUUCACCGGUGUCAUCCUACAAGGUCGCAGCUCUAUUUGGAGCUGGGACUGGGUGGAAACCUACAAGGUACAGCUGAGUAAUGACUCCUUGGCGUGGAAGCCCACAAUGAAUGGGACAGUUGAGGUGGUGUUUGUGGGGAACGAGGAUGCUGAGACGCCCGUGCUGGCCCUCUUGCCAGAGCCGAUGGUGGCCCGCUACCUCCGCAUCAACCCCCAAACCUGGUACGAGAAUGGGACGGUGUGCCUGCGGGCCGAAGUGCUGGGCUGUGUCCUUCCAGAACCAAAAACUGUCUACACUGUAGAGGCAGAGCAAGGCUCAGAGGACAAGCUGGACUUCAAGCAUCACAACUACAAAGAGAUUAGGAAGCUCAUGAAGGCGGUUCAUGAGGAAUGUCCUGACAUCACGCGAAUCUACAGCAUUGGGAAAAGCCACAUGGGCCUCAAGCUGUAUGUCAUGGAGAUCUCUGACAACCCGGGCAAACACGAACUGGGUGAACCAGAGUUUCGCUAUGUGGCGGGGAUGCAUGGCAACGAGGUCCUGGGUCGGGAGCUGGUCCUGAACCUGAUGCAGUACCUUUGUGCUGAAUACAAGAGGGGCGACCAGCGCAUAGUCCGUCUGGUGAAGGAGACCCGCAUCCACCUACUGCCCUCCAUGAACCCCGAUGGCUAUGAGAUGGCCUAUAAGAAGGGCUCUGAGCUUGCCGGGUGGGCGUUUGGUCGUUACAGCUAUGAAGGGAUUGACAUGAACCACAAUUUUGCUGACCUCAACUCCAUUAUGUGGGAUGCCAUGGAAAGGGAGUCAGACAAGUCCAAGCUAAUCAACCACUACUUCCCUAUCCCAGAGUACUACAUGUCUGAAGAGGCCUUCGUUGCCGCAGAAACCCGUGCCGUCAUCCACUGGAUGAAGAGCAUCCCUUUUGUGCUGAGUGCAAACUUGCACGGGGGGGAGCUAGUGGUCACCUAUCCCUUUGACAUGACCCGUGACUGGGCCCCACAUGAGCACACGCCUACCCCAGAUGACAGCUUCUUCCGCUGGCUGGCCACGGUCUAUGCCAGUACUAACCACGUCAUGUCCAACCCUGACCGCAGGACAUGUCACCAUGACGACUUCCUGCGCCACAACAACAUCAUCAAUGGCGCAAACUGGCACACUGUCCCAGGCAGCAUGAAUGACUUCAGCUACCUGCACACCAACUGCUUUGAGGUAACGGUGGAGCUCUCCUGUGACAAGUUCCCCCAUGCCAGCGAGCUGUCCAUUGAGUGGGAGAACAACAAGGAGUCCCUUCUGAUCUACAUGGAGCAGGUUCACCGUGGAAUCAAGGGCUUAGUGAUGGACAAAGACACCAGGGUCGGCAUAGCCGAUGCCAUCAUCCAAGUGGACGACAUUGACCACCACAUGAGAUCAGCGGCUGGUGGAGACUACUGGCGGCUGCUGAACCCAGGAGAAUACGAGGUCACUGCAAGCGCUGAGGGCUACUACCCCGUCACACAGAGGUGCCGCGUGGAGUACUAUCACUACCCUACCCUCUGCGACUUCCACCUCACCAAGACACUCAAGCAGAGGCUGAUCGACAUCCUGGCCAAGGGUGGCAAGAUCCCAAACAGCGUGAAGAAGCGUCUGCACCAACUGCGGCUGCGCAGGCUGCAUGCCAACACCCAGACCAGCAACCGGCGCCGGGCCCGGGGGCGCAGGGCAAGGGCCAUCCGUCACUAAGCAGUGUGCAGUCUCUCUCUUCUGAGAGCCAUUCAGGGCUGUCAUUUCUUGUUUUCUGUCAACAGCACCGCUUCACGGACAGUGUCAUCAAAAAUAUGCGUGCGCAUUUUGGCAAUGCAAGUACAAUUCCGUUAUUAUGGA